CACGCUGUCCUGGGGCUGUGCCCCAUGGGGACAGCCAUGGCUGGCUCAGCCCUCGGAGCCAUCCUCGCUGUGCUGGCCUCGCUCAUCAUCACUGCCAAUGCACUGGUGGUCAUCGCUCUCCUCUGCCUCAUCCAGAAGAGCGGCUCCAAGGGGCUCUAUUUUGUCCUCAAUCUCGCCGUUGCGGAUGCCAUGGUUGGCUUCACGGUCACGGGGCUGGUCAUGGAUGAGUUUUCUCAGCCCUUUUAUCCUCCCCAGAUCUUCUGCGUCCUGAGAAUGUCUUUUGUGACCUCCUCUUCUGCUGCCUCUAUCCUAUCCCUGACCCUGAUCGCAUGUGAUAGGCACCUGGCCAUCAGGAAGCCUUUCCACUACUUCCAGCUGAUGACAGGCCUGCGGGUUGGGGUGCACCUGGCGGGGCUCUGGUUGGUGGCUGCCAUCAUUGGCUUCCUCCCAGUCCUCACCCCAGGCUUUCAGAAGGUCACCCAUCAUGAGAAGUGCUCCAUCUUCGGGGUCUUCCACCCCACCUACAUGCUCACUGUCUUCUGCGUCGGCUUCUUCCCAGCGCUCUUCCUCUUUAUUUAUCUCUACUGCGACAUGCUGAAAAUCGCCUCCGUACACGUGCAGCACAUUCAGGAGGUGGAGCAGGCAGGGUUGGCGGGCGCUGCCUGCCCGCCGGCCCGCACCACCAGUGACAUGAAGGCCAUGCGCACUGUGGCUGUGCUCAUCGGGUGCUUCACGCUGUCCUGGCUGCCGUUCUUUGUUGCCAGCAUCGUGCAGACUGUCUGUUCCGAGUGCUUCCCCACCAGGGUCAUCGAGAACUACCUCUGGCUGCUGGGGCUGGGCAACUCCCUCCUCAACCCACUGCUCUACUCUUUCUGGCAGAGGGACGUGCGGCUGCAGCUCUCCCAGCUGGCUGUGGGUGUGAAGAGGAUCCUCCUUCACUCGGGCGACGGCCGCCGCUUCUCCAGCAGAGGCACCAAGUCUGACCCCACUGUGUCCUGCCUGCAGCUCCAGCACUGACAUGGUAAGGAGCGGCUGUCACCAGCUUUCCAGCUCAUCUCCUGCAUCGUGACCAUGAAUUUGGGGCCUGCUGGCUCUGGACGAGGUCACGGACCAGGGUGGGACCAAUCUGGAUGCUAAUUCCACAUUGGCAUGGCCAAAUUCCAGCCUCCCACAGCACGGCCUGGUCGGCACCAGCCCCAGGUACCCCACGUUGGGUUUUGCCUGGAGAGCUCAGCAAGAGCAGCCUGGUGUCUCCCAGAUCCAAGCCCUCAGCGCUCAUUCUGCAAGCCAACAUCCUUUGCCCAUUGCUGCCCAGACUGGCUCCUCCUGCCCUCCCCUCUGCCUGCAGCACCAGCUCUCUGGCAGUAGAUCCUGGGAGGAUGUGUUCGUGUCCGUAAGUCUGUCCUGGACCACAAGCACUGCCAGUCGCUGCCCAUCCUAAACCAAACUCGGGAUCCUACAGCUGCAGCCUGGGCCAUUCCCCAGCCCUGUCCCCUGCAGCCAUGAGGGGCGUGAGUCUGGGCUCUGCCAUGGCACUGGGACCCCCAGGAGGCUCCUGCUGUACCCCAGCAGCAGCGGUAUCCACAUGGAAGCUGGCAGGGUGAGCAGGGCAGCACAGAUGCGGGGCCGCACGGGCUGUGCCAUUGCUGUUUGGCCUGGGCUCUUAAGGGAGUUAAUGAGUAACUGGCUGAAGGAGCAGGAAGAACAGCUGCCUCCAAGCCUGGGAAGCCCCAGGCAGGAGCGGUGUUCUAUCCCACCAGGGCUGUGGGCUGGAUUUGGGACUGCAAGGGUCUCCAUGCACUGACUCGUCCCAUGGGAGUGUUUCCAUGUGCCCUGCCGUGCUGCAGUGCUGGCCAGCCUGUUGGCCCUGCCAGAGACUAUAACCAGAUUUCAUUGAUUCUCA